UGGAGAAAAUCCACCUGCAGAGUUUUACUGGCUUGUCCAAACAUCCUGCAUGAUUUCCUUUCCUUGCAGAUAAGGUUUUACAUUCUAAGCACCACUGGAAAUUCCAAGUUGAGUUUGAGAGCAGCAGAAGAAAAAAUUAUAGCUGGUUCUCAAGAAGCCCAUGCAGCUUGGAAAAGGAGAAAGAUCUCAUUCUUUGAAUGCAAUGAACUGAAAAGAUAGACUAUUAUAAUGGUAAGUCUGGGGGAGCUGGAGAAGAAGCAUCAUCAAUCAAAAACAAACAUUACUUUACAUGUCACUCGUUCUGCAUGCGUGAUCUCAAAAGUUCCUUGCUUUUGCUUGUAUGAAGCUAAUAGGUUAUUUUUGUGGAUGUGCCAGUGAAAUAAAGACAUUAGUAAAUGAAGAGGCCUCAACAGACAAGCAUAAUUUUUUAUCGACUCUGGAGGGCAUAGGAGGCACCCUAUGGGAUUGUACUCGACCUGGAUCUUUAGGGUCUGCAUUUAUUCUAAUGGACGUUUAGUUGACUUCAAUCUAUCCACACUAUCUAGGUGGGUGGAAUAGAUGAGGACUAACACUGGUAAGUCAACAUGGAUCAGAUGCCAUCCUCUGGACAACCACCUGUCACCACCCUGUAUCUACAAUCAACUCUUAAAGGUGGAGCUCCAUGGGGUUUCUCACUCAAAGGAGGACUAGAACAUGGACAACCAUUAACCAUCUCCAAGGUUGAAGAGGGUGGGAAAGUCGAUAUGUUGGAGUCCUAUCUUCAAGUGGGAGAUGAAGUGGUGAUGAUCAAUGGUGUAGAGCUGUCUAGUUCAAGAAGAGAAGCCAUCUCUCUUGUUAAAGGAUCCUACAAAAAUCUCCAACUGGUUGUAAGGAGAAUUGUUCCUGAAAAUGGCCUACUGGGAAACAUUUCUCAUUUAGGAAAGGAAGACUUCAGGUACAGGAAAAUAUCUCCAAAAGAAGUUGUAUUCAUUGAAAAAGCUGAAUGCUCUGACACUUGCUUGGAAACCACAAUAGACAAACCAUCCAUCAGCUUUGGAGUAUGCCCAGGAGAUGGACUUAAACUGAGGCUCCGAAACAGGCAAAGCGUAUCUAUUCCUCGUCCCCAUUCCUGGCACUCAUCCAAGUUACUGGAGAACCAACCGAAUCCCAGCAUGAUGCAAAUAUCUCAGGGGACGAUAGGAUCUCCAUGGCACCAGGCUUACCAUUCAAGUUCAUCUGCAAGUGAUCUCUCCGGCUACGAACAUGGAUAUUUAAGACGAAGCCCUGACCAGUACAGCUCAAGGGGUAGCAUGGAAAGCCUGGAGCACACAUCAACUGCAUACCAUCCUUGUCAUCUCUCUCCAGCAAAGUCUACAAACUCCGUAGAUCAACUUAAUCAUCUGCACAACAAAAGAGACUCUGCCUACAGCUCGUUUUCCACUAACUCCAGUAUUCCUGAAUACCAGCCCAUUACGUUCUGCAAGGAGCGAUCCUACUCUAUGGAAAGUAUGCUUUCACGAGGAAACCUGCAGGAUGGAAUAAAGCAUGCAGACAUAAGGUAUAUCAAGACAGUUUAUGAUUCUCAGCGUGGAGUGUCAGAAGAGUAUGAGGUCAACUCAUCACUCGUAAAACAUCGAGCUAGAUUUUCAGGUGGAUGCUCAAGGAACAGUGUUGGUCCUGCUAGUAGAUUAGAUCACAACAGAUUUAUGUCUGAGAGUGAUAUAACUGAAAAGGCUCCUCCUAUGCCACCUACUCGGAGUGACAGUUAUGCAGUAACAAAGCAUCAUGAAAGGCCAAGUUCUUGGUCCAGCAUGGACCAACAGAAAUCUUUUCGAACACAUUCCAAAGGACCAGGAUCGCCUAUGGUAUGCAGCACAAGUCUACAGCAGAAAUCAAUGUAUGGGGAAGGACAAUUGCAUACUGUGAUGGAAAAGAGCCCAGAAUGUAGCCCUCUAAUGAAACCUAAGCAAAUUUAUUCACAGAUUCCACAGCCAGGACAACCUAUGCUUCCUGCAGGAAUAUAUCCUGUUCCAUCUCCAGAACCACAUUUUGCACAUGCUCCACAACCACUUAAGAAUAAUAAUGCAAGACUUUACCCAGCACUGGCCAAAGAAGGGGCAUUAUCCGGAGGUAAAAGUGUUUCUUAUUUAGAUUCUGAAAGCAAUGUAAAAAGUAGUCAAAAUGUUACCCACAGUUCUACUUUGUCAUCAGACCAGUCCAAUAGAACUGAUAAAAAAGUAGAAGAUGAGCAUACAGAUUUAGCUCAAUACAAACUCCACUUCUCAGUUAAUUCCGAGCAUCAAACUGGUUCUUCACAAAGCAAUAAAAAUAAAAUGUCAGCUUCCAGAUUAAAUCAGUCAUCCAGUAAAAAUGAUCACCACCUAAAAACUGAUUGUAGAAAAAACGCAAAGGAACUUAGUAAUAUUGAAAAAAAGAGACAUUCUGGGCCUGGAUUUCAGUACGAGUGGAGCAACAGCCAAAAUCAGGCACAGGUGUUCUUUGGUGCUACAAGUUGGGAUUGGGAACCAUGCAGAACUAAUAACAGCACUGAUGUAAAUAAAGAUAAUGACUGUGGGCACUUAUACAGUACUGGAUCUUCAAUUAAUAAUACACCGGUUGAAAGACGGUCUCCACUUAUGUCCAGCUAUAAAAGCAAAUUAGACAGUGCAAGCUUUACAAAGCAUGUUGAAGGUAUUGACAGCUCAAUGAUUUUUUAUAACAGCUUCCAGCAACCUGAUGAGCCUUCACCAGCUUCUCAAAAGAAUUCUGUUGACUAUACCAAAAGGAGAUUACAUUCAGGUAGCAAUCAAAGUGGCAGUAACCCAAUAUAUGGAAAGACUGAUGCUAAACAACGAACUUCAGUUCUAGAAAAAAUCAGCAAAAUUGAACAACGAGAACAUGAAAGUCAAAAAUCCCUUGCUUCAGCUGCUCAAUGCCCAAGAGGAACAAGCAACAGAGCAUCUGUAAACAGCAUUGAUGAAAUAAGGAGUAUAUUUAAUUCACAGGAUCAUAUUCUAGGAGUAGAAUGCCAAAGACCUUCAAGUUCUCAACCUAAUGAUAAGAUUACUGGAACACAGCUGUUAAAAAGAACUGGAAGUGUAAAAUUAGGAGAUGCUCAGAAAACAACUCAAGAGAGUGAAGCAGACAAAAUGCAGGAGACCAAUAAUGAGCAGUGUGUUUUGCAAACUUUGCCAGACAGUGAUAAAAGAACAGUUGAUUCUCAAACAAUGCCAAAUAAAGAAGACCAUUGGCAGAGUACUUCACAGGACACUCUUGGUUUUAACAGAGCUUACAGGAACAAUAUCAAAGAUGUACAGUCCAAAGUCCUAGAAGCAACAUCUUACAGGAGAAAAGAUUUAGAAAUUAGUCCACCACAAUACAAGAAGCAAGAGAGAAGUGUGCAGAGACCUAAAUCAGCUAUUGUAUAUAGUAGGUCUCCUGUGUCUCCGCAUGCACCAAAAGAAAGACACAAUAUUACACCCUCUGACAACUUUGUGAAGAAUCAAGAAUCUCAAAGUCAAGAAGGUACAGGUGUGUCACAUCAAGUGACUCGAAUUGGUGCAAGAAGGCGUUUGACAACUGAGCAGAAAAAACGUUCCUAUUCAGAGCCAGAAAAGAUGAAUGAGGUUGGGGCGUCCGACAAUGACUUAUCAUCCACAAGUAUUCAAAAAAGGGGGCAAAACAUCAGUUUCUUGGAACAAUCAGUGGCAGACAGACGUAGAAUCUUUGAGAGGGAUGGCAAAACCUGUUCCACUGUUAACUUGUCUAGACCAGAGCUUAAGCAACUUCAGCAAAAUGCCCUUGCAGACUAUAUAGAGCGUAAAACUGGUCGGAGGCCUUCAUCCCAUGAACCUGGAUUUUUAAAGGAAAGGUCCCAAAGUACCUACUUUUCAGGGAGUUUAAUCGAUAAUCAGAGCAUCUCCUCUACAUCUAGCAUGAAUUCCCUUCAGGACCAUAACAUAUUUCGCAGUAGGGAUUCAAGGGAUAACCUUUUGCAAACAGGGCGCAUAUCCUCAACUCUGCCCACUGGUCUGACAGGAUUGUUUGACUUAGUAAGCUUGGAGAAGAAGAGUGAUUAUCCAGAGACUAGAGGUCGUACCAAUUCUUUUGUCCAGCAACGACUUCGGCUUGAAAGUAGAUCCAAAAAUGAGCUGAAAGGCAUCCCAACAAACCUUCCUAGAGAAGUGACAUCUUCAAAACCAACAGAAUUUUUUAAGGUUUUAAGACAGCAAACAGCUGAAGAUCUGGUUGAAAAUUUGCUUCAGCCUGCUCCUCUACAUGUGAGAUCAAGAUCCUCUCCUGCUGGGGAAAAAAGAAGCCAGGAUUUUGGUGUAAAGCAUGAGGUGUUUGUCAAGAACACAUCCUAUGCAACAACUGGUACAGGAUUUCGUUCCUCUAAAGGAAAAAGUGAAGAUGCAUCAGAAAAGGCAACACAUGAGACAGCAUUCAGUUCUUAUUCCACUCAUCAUACUAGCUCCGGAGGAGAUAAACAAACCCGUACUAUACAAAUGGGGAUUCAAAGACACACCAGAGCCCAAAGUCUCACUCCAGCUUCUGGAUUAUACAAUCAUCUACAGAGUGGAAGGCUGAAUACUGUAAACUCUUCCAGUAAUCUAAAUCCAUGCAAAAUUGCACAAGUUUCUUCCAGUCAUGCUUCAAAUGAAUUUGCUACCCCUGAAGGUGAUUUAUGUCCUCCUAAAAAUAUGGAUAUGUCUCCAGACGAUGAUAAGACUAAAACUAUGGAUUUAAGUUCACAUUCCAGUAAUUUUAUAAAUAACAAAAAUGAGAAAUUAAGAACAAAGUCUUCCCCACCACAGAGACCACCACUUCAUAAAAUUAAAUGCAUGGAUUUAGAAAAAGAAGAGAACCUAUCUCUCUCCAACAAUUCAUCUUCUGUAAUUGAGCAUAGUCCUUCCGUUGGUUGGAAAAACAAUACAAUGUGGAGUACAAGUUCAUCAGAGACAGAGACCCCUACAAACUAUGGAAAAAUAUCUCUUCGUAUAUCUGAGUCUUGUCUCCAAUCAUCCUCCCCUGUGGCUGUACACGAGGAAGAUGAUGAUGAAGUGUUUGUUGAGGAUCAAGAGUUGGAGACAUUCACUGAAAACCAGUUUGUUCCUCCAUCUCCACCUCCAUUCCCCCCACCUUCACUGAAAGAUGCUCUUCUCAAGAAUAGUCAAGAAAAAAUACAGCAUGUUUCUGCUGAUUCCUUUGAGAAGAACAAAAAUGAAAGGCAUCCCAUCCUAAUAGAAGGUGCAGAGAAAAUAGAAAGGGAAGACAGAACUUUGGACCAAUCAUAUUUCAAAUUACCUAUAAACAAUUUUGCUCAGCCUGAAAUACCUCAACUUCCAUCAAGUUCACUAGAAAUAAGUCACAGUUCUUCACAAUAUCCUUCCACUCAGAAUGAGGUAACCCUCUCUAAAGCACUUGAAGUUUCUGACCACAAAAUCUCUACCCAAGAAAGCACCUUAAGUCAUACCAUCACAAAUGUGAUGACCCCUGAAGAUGUCAAAUCUCAGGAGUUGGCCAAGGAGAUUGUAAACAUAGACAAAUCUCUAGGGGACAUUUUAGAUCCAGAACUCAAGAUGAAGACCACUAUGGAUCUAAUGGGUGGCCUAUUCGUGAAAAGCACCUGUGCACUAAGAGAAAGUAAUAGGAGGUGGAUCAAAGAAAGGAUGCUUCCAGACAGGGGUCAUUCAGCAGAAAAUGAAACGACAGAAAACGGCGUACGGUCGUCUGUGUGCUAUUUGAUGUCUGCUCCUGAAGCUGAACUUCUGAAGAGGAUCACAGACAUACACAAUGAGGGAUCAGGAGGAGUAGAGCCCCGUAAUCUGAAUGACAAGAAGGCCGAAUUGAUUGCCAGCCUUAACAAUAAACUUGAGAUUUUGAAGCAUGCCAAAGAAAGUCUUCUGGUUGACAUAAAGCUUAACAACAGUCUUGGAGAAGAGAUGGAGGCAGUGAUUGAGAAACUCUGCAAACCGAAUGAGUUUGACAAGUAUAAGAUGUUCAUUGGAGAUCUAGACAAAGUAGUGAAUCUUCUGCUGUCACUUUCAGGACGUUUGGCCAAGGUGGAAAAUGUACUUAACACAUUAGAAGCAGAUACCAAUGCUGAAGAACGGAGUACCUGGAAUGAAAAGAAAAAGCAACUUUGUGGACAGCAUGAAGAUGCUCGAGAACUGAAGGAAAACUUAGAUCGUCGAGAGAAAUUGGUGACAGACAUCUUAGGGAACUACCUCACCAGUGAACAAUUUCAGGACUACAGGCAUUUUGUGAAAAUGAAAUCAGCCCUUCUUAUUGAACAAAGGGAGUUGGACGAUAAGAUUAAACUUGGUCAGGAGCAACUGAAUUGUCUGUUAGAAAGUUUACCUAGUGAUUUCCUAGUCAGUAGAAAAGUGCCUUCAGCAUCUUCGGGGAAUGUAAAGAUGCUUCCACCACUGAUUACAUCUCUUUGAUAGUGCCUUAAAACUCAAGCAGAAGACUUCAGUUGGUUAAAGGUAUUAGUGAAAUUCCUAUUGGGUUAUGGUCCAGCUACUGAUACAACGUUUUUUUUUUACUGCUUAUUAAAGAAAUACCAGGAGAGAAAGCUUUUGGCAUAGAUGUCAUAAUUGUGGUGAAGGACAUACCACACUAUGUGUCAUUGCUUCACCCUAACCUUUCAAGUGAUAGAUGCUACUGGGAAUAAUGAACCUCCAUAGGCCCUAAUGGAAGGAACAGAAAGACAACAUAUUACCCCUAACUUAUAGUCUGCAGCAAAAGCCUUAAUGACUCCAAAUGCCUUCAAAAUGAUUUCUAUUUAUAAACUCCAUUUUUGUAAGUGAAUUUUGUAAGUUUUGUAUAUAUGCUAACCUGUAUUUUUCUGUAGAAAAUUCCUUUUUUGUAUGUUGUAAAGAAAUUUAACUAAAUCUGAUGGCCUACGUAAGAUUACAUAUUUUAUUGAUUUUUAGUGCCUUGCUUAAGAUUGGCAAAUUGCCAUUUUUAACAUGAUAUGGAAAUGUAAGUCCAAAGCACCAUAGUAAAUAUAGCCAAGUCUCUGCAAGGAGUGUGCCAAUAAGAAGCCUGUACAGCCUUGUUUUAUGUUGCUUUAACUGCAUGUCAGGUCCAAUGUAUUAUGAUUGCCUAAAACACAUUGGGGUGAAUUUACUUGUGUAAUUGCGCCUAAACCUUGUCAAAAUGCCACUUGGAGCAUUUCUUGCACGUAAUGUUGCAUCAAGUCUUAGAUCUAUUUAUGAAGCAAGUGUGACAAACAGAAUAUUCCACUGCACCUAGCUUGCCUGUUUCAGUUUUCCAGUUUGAUAAGAAGGCAUGGAUUAAGAUAGGAUAUGUAUGGCAAAAUUUUGGUGGACGUGUCGAGCCAUGCAGUAAAUGUAUCAUACAGUAUGAGCCAUCUUGAUAAAUUUGACACAUGUUUAGACUGCCCAUCUAUGUUUAAGAUGGUCAUUUACUAUAGCUGUAUACAAGUUUUGUGGCAUACAAAAGUCACAAAUUUUGUCAAAAAUUUGACAACAUUUGCAAAUUUUUAUCACUUCGAAAAUGUCAGCGGGAUGUGGACAGGAGGAGGCAGACCAUGGGCAGGAGCUGUGUGGCCUGACUCAUUUAACUGGCGCACAUUACACAAGAAAGCUGCUCCAGCUCCUGGCUAGAGUACAUUUCAGUUUCACCACACAAACAACAGAAGAUGAGACAAAUUUAUUAAGAGGUAGGCGACUCUUAAUAAAUUGGACAUAUCUUCCUCCAGCAUGGUUUUUGCUAAGCAUGGCGUGUGAAACAUCUGAAUCAAAUAUCUUGCCCAUAUAACGCAUGCCACUUCUGUGUUGUCCACUGUGUUGAUUUGCUCUUGUUUUCUAUACACAGACACAAAAACUUCACCACAUAUAAACUCUGAUAUUAAGGAUUAAAAACACAACUCUGGACAAUAAAAUAUUCUUUGU